CAUUUGUAAAGAUCAUUUUUUCUUUUUUUGUUGUGAGUUGUGAUACGCAUUUGGAAUUCAAAUAUUGAAUGUUUGGUGAAUUAUACAGUACUUUUUUCUGUUUCAUUCAAACACAUUUUAUAUUUAUAUACGACGAAGUGAUUUAAGAGCGUCCGAGCAAAUUGAGCCCCACAACUGAAACAAACUUGAAAUCAUGGGGGUCCCAAAGUUUUUCAGAUACAUAAGUGAGAGGUAUCCUUGCUUGAGUGAAUUUGUGAAAGAAUAUCAGAUACCAGUUUUUGAUAAUUUGUAUUUGGACAUGAAUGGCAUAAUACACAUGUGCUCCCAUCCAGAUGACAACAAUCCUCACUUUCGGAUCACCGAGGAGAAGAUAUUUGCAGACAUUUUCCACUACAUUGAGUUUUUAUUCAGGAUGAUUAAGCCUCAAAAGGUGUUUUUCAUGGCGGUGGAUGGGGUGGCUCCUAGAGCCAAAAUGAACCAGCAAAGGGGGCGCAGGUUUCGGUCGGCGAAAGACGCGGAAAAAAUGGAGCUCGAGGCCAAAAAUAAGGGCGAAAAAUUGCCAGAUGUGGAACGUUUUGACUCGAAUUGUAUAACGCCUGGCACCGAGUUCAUGGCCAGGUUGCACGAACAGCUGAAAUAUUUCGUCGUUUCGAAAGUCUCAAAUGACAAUUUGUGGAAAAAGUGUAAAAUUAUUUUAUCAGGGCAUGAAACCCCUGGCGAAGGGGAGCAUAAGAUUAUGGAUUAUAUAAGGUAUAUUCGUUCCCAGCCUGGGUAUGAUCCAAAUACGCGUCACUGUCUCUAUGGGUUGGACGCUGAUCUCAUUAUGCUCGGGUUGUGCACCCAUGACCCCCAUUUUUCGCUACUGAGAGAAGAGGUCAAAUUUGGUAAAAAAGCCAAAAGAAGCAAUGUACCUGAAGAGAUUAGAUUCUAUUUGUUACAUUUAUCUUUAAUGAGAGAGUAUUUAGAAUUGGAGUUUUCUCCACUUAAGACAGCUCUAAAAGAUUCAGAUAAGAUUAAAUUUGACAUCGAAAACAUUAUUGACGAUUGGAUUCUUAUGGGCUUUCUUGUUGGAAAUGAUUUUAUACCAAAUUUGCCCAAUUUGCACAUUUCUAAUGGGGCACUACCUGUUCUUUAUAAGGCCUACAUUGAAGUUCUACCAACAUUAGAUGGUUACAUUAAUGAAGCUGGAACGCUGAAUUUAGAACGGUUUGAAAAAUUUAUGAAAAAAUUAGCAGAUAUAGAUAUAAAAAACUUUGAGGAAAUUCAGGACGAUUUGUUAUAUUUUGAACGCAAAACUGGAAGAAAAGCAACUGCGCAUGUUCCUGUUAGUUCUAAACCUGUUAAAAGUGAAAAUGGCGAUGAGAAAAAAAUGGAUCCCGCACUUGCUGACUUAAUUGCAGCAACUGAUAUUUUGGCCGUUUCAUCCGACGAAGAAGAGUUUGAGAGUAGCAGUUCAACAGAAGAAGACGAGGCUUUCAAGAAUUUCAAAGACGAAUAUUAUCGCAAUAAAUUAGAGUUUGAGGAAGUGACAAGAGAGAUAAUGAGGGAGCAAGCAGAGGGCUAUGUCCGUGCCAUCCAAUGGAAUUUGAAUUAUUACUACAACGGAGUUUGCUCCUGGUCGUGGUUUUAUCCACACCAUUAUUCGCCGUACAUUUCCGAUAUUAAGGGUUUUUCCGACUUGAAAAUCGACUUUGAACUCGGAAAACCAUUCAAACCUUACGAACAAUUAUUGGCUGUGUUGCCACCAGCCAGUAAGAAACUUCUCCCACAGUGUUAUCAUUCUUUAAUGACCGAUGACAACUCGUUGAUCAAGUCGUAUUAUCCUGAAGAGUUUCAAACUGACUUAAAUGGCAAACGCCAGGAGUGGGAAGCUGUAGUUCUUGUGCCUUUUAUCGACGAAAAAAAUCUUCUCAAUGCUAUGAAACCCUGUAAUGAAUUGUUGACUCCAGAAGAAGCAAAUCGGAAUAAACAUGGACCGAUGUUAGUGUAUGAAUAUACAGAUGAGGAUUUAGGGGUGUAUGAACCACCGAGUUAUUUUCCGAAAGUCGUCAAUAGGGCUCGUUGUACUCCUGUCAAUAUCGAGGAUAUUAGAGUCCCCAAAGAAAAACUAGUCAAAGGGGCUUAUCCUGGCGUCGUUUUAGACGUUUACUAUCCCGGUUUUCCCACUUUGAAACACCUGAAAUAUGAAAGUAAAUUCAAGAAAGCUAGAGUUAAGGUGUUUGAAAUGCCCAGUCGUGGUGAAAGUUUAAUAUUGAGGAUUUUACCAAGUGAGAAGUACAUUGGUGAUGGCAUCCCUGUGGAUUUACUAGGGAAGGUCGUGUGGGCGGGGUGGCCUAAUCUCACAGAAGCGAAGGUGAUUGCUAUUUCAAAUCGGAAAGAAAAAUAUGUGUUUUCGUCGUCUGCCCCCAACAAUUACGAAGUUAAAGUUCAAACGAAAAACUCAACGUUUGAAAGUGAAUUAGAGGGAGUAUCGCAGUAUUACAGGGACCGUAUGGGUAUAGAUGUCGGAAAUACGGAAGUACUCGUUCAUGUGAAUCUUCUCUCUGGUCGAAAAUACGUAUUUACCUCGAAUAUGAGAGUAACACUAGAAAAACAAUUUUGCCAAAUUCAGUCAAAUUAUCCCUUACAAAGCAUAGUGGCUGAUAUCAAAGUCUAUGAUGAACAUCGUAGUACUUUUCAAAGCGUUUCAGAUGUUUUUUCACCCAAUUCGAUUUGUUUUACACUUUCAAAUCCUUAUUACGGUUCACAGGGCACUAUUGUGGACAGCACCGAGUCGCUAAAAAACAAUUAUUUGACAGUAUCAUUGAGUGUCACUACAGAACCGGAUCUUACACAAGCACAAAACAUUGAUAAAUUAAAUAAAAAUUAUUUAAGUCUUGCAAAUUCGGCGUGUCAGUUAGCAAUGUCGAAUUAUGUGUUUUCAAGAAUUACAGGUUCUUUGUUUGUGCAAACGAGAAAUAAUGAGGGGUUGUUGAAAACUGUAAAUAUUGGUUUGAAUAUGAAAUUUAGUAAGAAAAAUCAGGAAACGCCAGGAUAUACAAGAAAGAUCGAAAAUGUGUGGUUUUAUUCUGAUAAGGCUGUGGGUCUAGUUAGGGAAUAUGUAAACAGAUUUCCGGAAGUUUUUAAUUUUCUUGCAAGAAGUUCGAACGACGAACUUGUGGCAGAUGAGAUUUUUAAUGAAGAUGGUGACGAAAAAGUGAAAAGUAUUCAAACUUGGUUAAAGUCGUUGCCUAUACACAAUAUUGAAAGACGUGUUUGCGGAAGUUCCGUUUUAGAGCCGGAAGUUGUUGCGGAAAUCGAGAAGGAAGUCGAUCAAUUGAAAGAUUCACCAAAAAAUAUUAUAAUGCCAAUCAAACCACAGUUGCUCUAUAAGCCUGAAAUUCAAACGGGCUUUUUGGCCCCUGACCCUCUUGUCGAAACUCGAGUAUUUGAUCGAAUUGUCAACGUUCGAGAAGGGUUUACUGUUCCUUUAGGGCUCAAAGGGACCGUAAUUGCGAUUCACAAAUCACCUAACGUUCUUAAAAACGAAGAUGAGCUUUAUGAUAUUGUUUUUGAUAAAACAUUUCCGGGAGGAAUGGCCUUAAACUGUUCAGAACAUCGGGGAUAUCGUCUAUCGAAAAUUUCUUUCAUAAAUAUUUGUUAUGGAAGAAGGAAAAUGGAGGAGAAAACUGGAAAACCAGGUGAACUAAGGGCAAGAGCUAAAGAACAUAACAGUACAAAUAUGUAUGCAAGGCAGCAAAAUUCUGCUUUUGCAUCGGUUAAUAAAGUACAACCAAAUUUAAUGGGGCCACCUUAUAAAAAUAACGCUCAAUUUAACACAAAUCAGUAUCCAGUGAGGCCACAAGUGCCCAUACCGGCUUAUGAUCAACAUAAAAUGAAAAAUUCGUUUUACUACAUGACCGAUUUUAGCCAAAUGCAGGGGUCUAAAAUUAAUAAAGAAAAUUCAAUUACUUGGAGGACUACAGAAAUAAAUAAUCACAAUAGGCAGACAAGGGGGCCCAGCCAUCUUUCUCAAAGUUCUAUAAAUACCACUAAGCCAAAAACCGAGGUAAACACUGAUUUUUUAAAGCGAAUUUUGAACAUUGAUAAUGCAGAGAAAUCGAGUAAACCGAAAUCAAAUGUACCACCCCCACAGUGUGAAUCGGUUCGAAAUUAUUCAUCUUCGUCAAGCAGAAAGCAAGAAGUUGGUACUGUUCCGAGUGCUACAGCUAAUUUAUUAAGCUAUUACCAGUCUAAUGCAUGGGGAUGUCCAAGAUAUCAUUACCUCCAACAAAAUAAUGGAUUUGCUGCACAAGUUGUUCUACCUAACGGUAAAUCUAUAUCAGGAAAAACAGCAAGAUCUAGAGAGGAAGCAAGUGAGAAUGUGGCGCUAGAUGCCCUUCACAUGUUAAAAAAUAAGUCUCCUAAGCCAACAAAAACGGGCCUUCCAUCCGAAUUUCCGGUGCCUCCAACCAAAUGGGUUCAAGAUCGUCAACAACACAACAAAAUGUCAUCGCAAGUUUUUAUUAAUAAAUCAUACCAGUUUAAACAGCCUGGGUAUACUCAACAUCCGAGAAUGUCACACCAAACGGACUAUAAUAAAAAAGAGCCAGAUUCUAGUUUCAGUAGAAAUGGGCCAGAUGCACCCUACACAAGUGUGAAAACACACAAUUUCGUACCACUUCAAGCAUUGAAAAAAAAACAAGUAAAUAAGACUCCUAAUACUGGGAAUAAAAAUGUCAAUGACAAUUCACCGCGUAAGAAACAAGAAAAAACGUAUUUUUCAAGUAGCAUGCAAAACGCUGGGAUUUCAAAGGCUGGUGAAUUAGAUCAAAAUGACCGUCGAGAUAAAUCAGGAAAGCAAAGGAAAACUAGAAUUGCAGCCAGAUUCAAUCAAUAAUUUUAAAAACAAAAUAAUAGUUGUGACUGAUUACUUCCUGUAACAUCCUCGAAUUUAGGUUUUAAUUAGUUUUUAAACACAAAUUUAUGGACAGUUUUUCAUAGGUAAAUGUGAUCAAUACAUGCUAAUUAUUUUGAGUUGUCUAUAUGACUAUGAAACGUUUAUUUAAUAAAAAAAAAUAUACGUAAUGAUUUAAA